AUGAAGUCGUUCGCUGCGCUCGCAUUGGGCCUGCAGGCCGUGGCGGCCAAGGUGUCCUACGAUGGGUACAAGGUCUUUCACAUUGAGACCAGCGACUUUGAGGCCACGCAGGCCAAACUGUCGGGCAUCGAGUACGUAUCUCUCGACUGCGAGAGUGAUCACAAGUCGCUCGAGGUGGCCGUCUCUCCCCAGGACCUGAAGGCCUUUGAGGCCCUCGGACUCGACGUGGAGGUCUCGAUUGAAGACAUGGGGGCGGAGAUAGCCAAGGAAGGCGAGAUGAAGCCAUACAAGGCCAGGAAGAAGGCCCGUGACGUUUGCACCGGCCUUCCCGAUAUGUCCUACUUCGAUUCGUACCACAUCUUCGAAGAGCACCUCGACUUUCUCGAGGACUUGCAGAGUGCCUUUGUGAGGAACUCUGAGCUAUUCGAUGCGGGCGAGUCGCUCGAGGGACGCCCGCUCAAGGGAAUCCACCUCUGGGGCCGUGAUGGCCCUGGCAUCAAGCCUGCCAUCAUCUGGCACGGCACCGUCCAUGCUCGUGAAUGGAUCACCGCUCCGUCCGUCGAGUACAUGGCCUAUCAGAUUAUCCGCGACUACCGCAUCAAGGAGCCUCUCAUCACCGAGACAUUGGACAACUAUGAUUUCUACAUCAUGCCUGUCGUCAACCCCGAUGGCUUCGUGCACACCCAUGAGGUUGAUAGGUUGUGGCGUAAGAACAGACAAGCUCGCGAGUCCAGCACUUGCAUUGGCACAGACGUCAACCGAAAUUGGCCCCAUCAAUGGGACGUGCCUGGCGGCUCUUCUCCGGACCCCUGUUCUCAGACGUACCGAGGCGAAGCGCCCGGGGACACGCCAGAGAUGGCUGUCCUGACGAACCACACGCUCAGCAUUGCCGAGGCCACGGGGAUCAAGUUCUAUGUGGAUUGGCACUCGUACAGCCAGCUGAUUCUCCUGCCAUACGGGUACAGCUGCGACGCUGUGGUGGAGGACUUGGAUUCGCAGAUGGAGCUCGCCCGUGGUGUUCAUGAUGCCAUCAAGAGCGUGAAUGGGCUGGACUUUGUGUAUGGCCCCACGUGCCAGACCAUCUACCAGACGUCGGGUGGCAGCAUGGACUACGUGUACGACGUUGCUGAUGCAGAGGUCUCAUGGGCUUUUGAACUGCGACCCCAGACACAGCGUGAGGGCGGCUUCGUGAUUCCCCCUGAGAACAUCAUUCCCAGUGGUGAGGAGGUCUGGGCGGGUAUGAGGAACCUCUUUGCGAAUUUCUGA